AUGACAAGAUUUGCAUUGGAUGAGUACCUUCUUCAUUGCUGUUUGAUGAAGCUUGCCAUUAAUUAUUAUCAAUACUUGUUGGUAGUUCUUGAGUUUGCGUCUCUCGUGGAUUUUGGAUUAGCUUCACCUUCCACAGUUCCUGCUUUCCUCUGGUCUCCGCAUCUCCAGUAUGCUAAUGGUGAAACGGAUGUAAAUUAUCAAGUCAUGUCUGCAAAGGAUCUAGUAGACUCUGUUUUCACUCUAGGAGGUUGGUCUAAUUUUCUGUGCUCGGAGAAAAAACUUCAGCAACCUGUUGAUGUUGCACUCGUGUUCAUUGGCAGAGAGUUAUUGUCUUCAGAUGUUUCUUCAAAUCAGAACUCGGAUCCUGUCCUUGUUAACACAUUGAAGUACUUGUAA